AGUCUCUCGAACGGCGUUCAAGGAUCAGUCACAACAGAGAGAGGAGGAAAAGCAAAGUGUGUAACAAAACAGAAAGAGUAUUAUUAGUUGGAUUGGCAUGGACGAUUCUAGUAAUAACCAAGCCCAGAGUGGAGACCAAACGAGUAGGGAUACUAUCAUGACUUUGAGAGGGAUCAGUCUCUGUGUACCUGGUGUCUCCUACGACGUUAAAAGCACUGCUGCUUUCGCUAAGAAUUUCCAGGAGACACAGCAUCAACGUAAAGGAAGUGUAAGACGCUCUCGGGACCAGCAACCAGCCAUUUGUAGCCCUCAGGCAGAGAGUACACUGCCAUCCUGCCCACCAGAUGAAGCUAGUCUUUCAUUCUUAUCAGUGAUGGAGGAAACUAGACGGAACCAUCCCAGAUUACACAUUCGUAUACUACAGAAUGCUGUGAAUACAUUGCUAGAGGCAUAUCCAGGGGUCUUGUUUGCACUUGAUCACAGUAAAAUUAGUCGUAAUGGAUAUAAUGUAAUUCCACCUCUGGAGCCAUUAUUCUUUGACGACCCAGUUUACAUAGCCGUUAUCAAAAGAAGCAAUAUUCAGUUCAUUCUGAUGUCCAUUGAACAGAUACUUCCAAUGCUUGAGUGUUCACAAUAUGUGAAGCAAAGUUUCGAAGAGAUAUGUGAAAGGUGGUCAGAAGCCAAAGGAAAGGCACUCGAUUACUAUGGCAUCCUCAAGGAACUUUCACUGACCUUUCAAAGCUUAUAGGAAACCAAAAAGAACCACCAUAGAAUGACAUUGUAAAUACAUAGUGGCACCAGCCAGGCGUGUCGUGAGUGAAUGACUGGAAAAUUUGAUACAAUCAUCUUGUAGUAUACUGGUGCUACCGCUUUGCUUAUUAUAAUAAGUAGAAAGACUCGAACACCGUGUGUUCAUCUAGUGUCCAAGAAAACUGUUCUUGCAAUACAUGAACUAAAAUUUAUUAUUUACAUAAUAUGAAUAAUAAUUUUUAUUUUUGUUAUUAUUGUUAUUAUUUUGUCUGACGUUAAAGAAAACAAUAAAACUAUAGUUCCUAUUAGUCUAGUACAGGAUAUUCAUACUCAA